AUGAGACAAGGAAAAGACAAUAAAUAUGACAAUAGACGCAAUGUAGUCGGCUGGAAUAUCCAACCGGGUCUGGGUCCGGACAGCGACAGCUGCACGCAAUUCCGCCUGACCGCGAGCCCAAGCACGAGCACAGCCGACAACGAAAAAGGACAAGAACAAGAACAAGAGGACCAGCCCAUGCAAUUCCAUUCCUCCCCCCCGCUGCAAGUCCUCAGACACACAACCCAAGGCGCGCAGCUCGCAACAAUCACCACCGCAAGCUUCGAAUACCAAGACCGCAGUCUCGGUAUCGAGCUGUGUGUAGACGGUAUAAAAUGGAGGACCAAGAUGGAAGUAGCAGGCGAUCGGGUCCUUGUGCCAGCACAGCAGGAGCAGCUAGCGGAGCUCUUCGUGGCACUGAUGGAGUACUCAAGUUUGCCUCCUCCGUUUCCAUCUCCUCGACCGCAAUUGCAAAUGAGAACGGAGGGCAUCACGCCGAAGCCCUGUGCCGCUCCUCUUUGCGCCGAGGGCGGUCUUGUCUAUGUAUACACCUGUGGGAAUCUUGCGGGUCAUGAUGAUAGGGAUGUGGUUUCCCGGACGCUGAGCUACACGGCAAAUGAACAGCUUUGGGUCGGAGAUAAUGCGCCACAGAGCUCACUUGUUGUGACGGACUUGCUGACGGAUCUUGCUGGCAGCAAGGUGGUCCGUAUUGCCGAUACAUGUGUGGCAUUGACGCCAGAAAGGAGGAGUACCAGUAUCCUGCUGUCGGAUAAUAUGCUCUGGUGGGAGGACAAGAUAACAGAGGAGGUGCCGAAACGGAAACAUCCCAAGCCCGCUAACUGGGGAGGGUUCCAGGACCUGUGGCGGAACCACAGGAACCUGAGGGAGUCCAAGAAGAGGGCUGAUUCGAGUGUCCCGAUCAACAUGGAGAUUGCGCCGUCGGUGCACGACUCGGUCGUGCGAUUCGCUAAGCUGGCUCAGGCAGGGAGCAGUACGACCAACCCGCUCAGACUAGUGCGGGUUUGCGAUGGAGCUGUGGUUGCGACGGCGGAGCUGGAGAGGAAGGUGGUCUACGCGGUGAUCUCAUAUACGUGGAGCCAGUUCAGCAAGGAAAGGUUGCUGGAGUGGGCGACGCCACGGGCGAUGAGGUUGGGGUAUGAGUAUAUGUGGAUUGACCAGUAUUGUAUCGACCAGACGAACAAGGCGGAGAAGAACGCCGAGAUCAAGCGCAUGCGAGACUACUACAAAAGCGCGGCGCAGGUUCUUGUUCUCCUGCCUGACGUGACAAGCAUCGCGAGCUUUGAUGUGAUGUCGUCAGACCAGCUAUUACAUGUGGAUGGAGCAUUACAGGCGGCGAGAGAUGUUCUCAAGGAGAUUAUAUCGUGUGAGUGGCUUAAACGCGUCUGGACUUUCCAAGAAGCAUGGGUUGCCAGACAAUGCGUGUUCUGCACGCAGGAACAGUUGCUUGAUGGGACGAUCAUGGAUUCCCUAAUUGGUUUGCGCAAGUACGAAGCCGUUACCAGGCCGAGAAUCAUGUGUGUCUCAAGCAAGGCAAUAGGUAGCGCGGUAGUUGCAAAUCCCAAUCUGGUCAUCUGGGACGGGCUACUGAGGCAGCGCCAGACAGUUGUAGGCUCAACAGAGAGAUGGAUGCUGUACAACAAUCUGGAAUCCUACGAGCCGCCGCGCCUGACCCUCGUUCAGGCCUGGGAAGCCUCCAGCGGAAGAAACACCACAAAUGAGGAAGACAGGGUGUACGCUCUUCUUUCCUCCGUUGAAGGUGGUGACAAAGUAAAGGUUGAUCGUGGACGGUCUCUACGCGCUGUCAUCGAGGACUGUGUCCAAGCAGGCAUUGUGACUGCUGACCUCCUUGCAGGCAGUUCCCCAUCGUCUGAGGCUGAUCGGUCCUGGAUGCCGGACCUAGCAGGGCUAGGGCCACAGCAUCCGCUGCGUGUCGUCGGGGCCAGUCAGACCCAACAGGCAUUGAUGUGGCAGGGGGGCAGAGUAUGCGUGAAGGGCAAGUACUUCCACUUCGCGGAUGCUGCAGCCUGGUUCCGCAUCGCAGAGAUGAAGACCGAGAACGAGAUCCAGAAGUCCGAAGUCAGCGACCGGCCCUGGUAUCAGUAUGCUGCCACCACGCGGCAGAAUACAUGGACGACAACUGACGUUGUUGGCCGUGACUUUCUUAUGCUACAGCCGAUGCCUGGGUCCCGACAGACAGUUCUCAUAUCUGGUAGAAAGUCGCCGGACAGGUCAUUCCACAGGCGAAAGGGCCACAUCAUCUGGCUCAAGCAGACAGGGAUAAAGUGGCUGGAGGAUAGUCAGCCAGUUGAGAUAGGAUCUUAG